CUAACUUAACCUCAAUCUUUACAUAACCUCAUCGCUCGCAAAAUAAAUCGUGAAAUCGGUCUGUGAAAUUCCAUUGAAAUUCGACCGUCAAAAGUGUUAAAACGCUCAUUGUAUCUUAUGAUAUAGUCUUUAAUUAAGAACAAUACGAUGGAGGAAAAGACGGGCCGUCUCAAGGAAACUGGCGCCAACGAUGUCGACGUGGAGUCAAAAGAAAUGUUAAAGAGAAAAUUGCAAAUGAAGUCGGAAGCGCUCAUAUUGUUGAGCCAGGAGAUGGAUCAAUGUAGGACACAACGAGAUCAGUUUAAGCUGAUGGCCGAGCAAAUUCAGGAGAGGUUUCUACAUUUGAAGAAGCAGAUGUGCGAUAUGAAGGAAUUAAACAGGUGUUACAGCUUAGAGGACGAUUUUAGAACCUUGGAUCUAUUGACAGAAGCACGAGAGCAAAAUAAGUGCCUCAGGCUGCAGGUUGAAACUUUAAGGCAGAAGCUAGCGGAUGCCGAAGGUGAUAUCAAGGUGUUACGUAUUAAUAACAAUCGUAUGCCAAUUGAACCGCAAGAAACUCAAUUAGCACCAUCCAUGCACCAAAGAGAAGAGAUGAUAGAACAGUUAGAGAAGCUGAACUUGAAGUGUUCACAGUUGCAAACGGAUCUACAAACAGUAUUAGAUGAGAAACAUGAACUGGAGAUGGAGAGGGAUGCUUUCAAAUGUAAGGCGCAUCGUUUGAAUCACGAAUUGUCUAAAGCUUUAAACGCUACCAAACCAGUUGAUUUGGAUGCCCUUAUCAAUGAAAAUAGAUAUCUGCAAGAAAGACUACAGCAAUUGCUUGAGGAAAAGGAACUCGCGCGUCAAUCUUUGUCAAAGUACAAGAGUAUGUUGGAUAGUAAAAGGGUGAAAGGAGCUAUCAAGUUGGGAGCAAAUUCUGCGGCUGGAACAGUGAUGACUCACAAACAAGUCGAACAGCUUCUUCAAGAAAGUUCUUAUAUACCGCCUCAGAAAUCUGCUGCUGCCGUUACUGAUCUACGGUGCCUUUGCACUGCCUUGCUGGAGGCUUUAAAUGACAAAACUUUAGCUUUGGCGCAUCAGAAGAAAGCGAACAAAAUAUUGGCAUUGAGAAUUUGUGAAUUGGACAGUGCUGUACAGUCACCAACCAUGAAGCUCUUGGAGGGAUACACAAGCGCCAAUGUUGAUUUGAGAUGUGAUAGCGACUUCAACGAUUUAGAUCAUACAACUAACGGUAGUAUAGAUAAUAUAGAGGAAAACAAUAUCAUAACAAGUGAGAAUAAUAUACAAUGUGACUCUUCGCCCGAAAGUCAAGUUAUGCAACAAUUGCAAUCGAUACAAAUGAGUCUUCCAAAGAACUUAGGAGUAUUGGUUCAAAAGGCAUUAAAUAAUUUAAAGGAUACUGAUAAACAAAAGAUAUGAAAUUAAAAAUAUAUAUUGCAGAGAAUAUAUACAUGUGCCUGCAUACACAUAAUGUAUAUAUAGGAAGUAGAAAAUGGAGUACUCUAAUGGGCAGUACAUUAGGUAGUGCAAUUUUUGAAAAAAGUCUAGUCGCUAUAAAUUAUUUUUAUUUAUCAAUGAUAAAUUUAAUUAACUAAUUAAUUGAUUGAUUGGAUUAUCACAUAAACUAGCAAUGUAAAGUGCUAGUCAAUAUUUUUAUCAAAUCAGUAUUUAAUAUUUAAUAACCUGAAAGAUUUUAUAGUGAUGAUUUUACCAAAUGAUGAAAGACGACUUAUUAUGCAAUGUCUGUUGUAACAAUUAGUUGGACAUAUCAUUUAUGUAUAGCACGUAGUCACAGCACCAUAAUAUGUAGGUUGACAGUAGAAUGAUCGUACUAAGUGACGACGUUCUCGCAAAUAUUUUUGGUGCAAGACAUUGUUCAGCUGAUUUAACCACGAGUCGAAUUGCAAACUAGAUCUGUCCGUAAGUGUUGUUGAUGGCCCCGCCGAUCUCUUUAAUUGAUGGUAAGGUAUAUUUUCCCUAUGGAUAUGUAUAUAUAUUGUUAUUGCUAAAUAUAUAGAAUCAUAUUCCAAA